AUGCUGGCGGAGAAGGGUCUGGGACUAAUAUACUCGGGUUUGUACCUCUGGGCAUCCCUGUUCCUGUCCUUCCUAAAAGUCUCCCAGCAAGGGGAAAACCAAAGGCGGCUCUACAGAGAACUACUGAAAAACUACAAUCGCUUGGAACGGCCUGUAGCGAAUGACUCACAACCCCUUGUAGUAGAGCUGCAACUCUCCUUGCUCCAGAUAAUUGACGUGGAUGAAAAAAACCAGGUUUUAAUAACAAAUGCUUGGCUGCAGAUGUCCUGGCUUGAUGCCUAUUUGUCAUGGGAUCAGUCAGAAUAUCCUGGAGUUCAGAACUUAAGAUUUCCAGCAGAUCAGAUUUGGGUGCCAGACAUCCUUCUGUACAACAGUGCAGACGAGAGAUUUGAUGCAACAUUUCACACCAAUGUUCUGGUAAACUACUCAGGAUCUUGCCAGUAUAUCCCUCCAGGCAUCUUAAAGAGCACUUGCUACAUUGAUGUCCGCUGGUUUCCUUUUGAUGUGCAAAAAUGUGACUUGAAAUUUGGUUCGUGGACGCACAAUGGCUGGUUGCUUGAUCUGCAGAUGCUUGAAGCCGAUAUUUCCAACUACAUAUCAAAUGGAGAAUGGGACUUAGUAGGAGUCCCCGGAAAAAGGAAUGAACUCUACUAUGAGUGCUGUAAGGAGCCCUAUCCAGAUGUGACCUACACUGUGACGAUGCGUCGCCGCACCCUCUACUAUGGACUGAACUUACUGAUUCCCUGCGUUCUUAUAUCAGGCUUAGCACUGCUGGUUUUCUUGCUGCCAGCUGACUCUGGAGAGAAGAUAUCUUUGGGUAUCACUGUUCUCCUGUCCCUCACCGUGUUCAUGUUGCUCGUAGCAGAGAUCAUGCCUGCCACCUCUGAUUCGGUUCCCUUAAUCGCUCAAUAUUUUGCCAGCAUCAUGGUUAUUGUUGGCUUAUCUGUGGUGGUGACAGUCUUAGUUCUUCAGUUUCAUCAUCAUGAUCCACAAGCAGGAAAGAUGCCCCAGUGGGUCCGUGUCAUUUUGCUGAACUGGUUUGCUUGGUUUCUGAGAAUGAAAAAACCUGGAGAAAGCAUAAGGCCUCUUUCCUGCAGAUACAGCCACUCAAGGCACCAGUCAAGUGUCAGCAGCGUAGAAAUGAACGUCUUACCAGGACACCAAUCUAGCAACGGCAAUGUGAGCUACAGCUACCAUGUCACGGAAAACCCCUGCUGCCUGCAGAACAGUGACAUGGGCAGCAAGGGUGGAAAGGGCCCCUGCUCUUCACCUGAAGACACUGAAAUUGCUCAGAGAAAAGCUUUAAUGGACACCAUUCCAGUGAUCGUGAAAAUCUUGGAAGAAGUUCAGUACAUCGCAGCUCGUUUCCGAAAACAGGAUGAGGGGGAAGAAGUCUGCAGCGAAUGGAAGUUUGCAGCUGCCGUCAUAGACAGAUUGUGCCUUGUGGCAUUUUCACUCUUUGCCAUCAUCUGCACACUCACAAUACUAAUGUCUGCUCCAAAUUUUAUUGAAGCUGUUACAAAAGAUUUUACAUAA